CUCGCCAGGAUGAAGGGCUUGCUCGUCCUGUACCUCGUCGCGCUCGCCAUCUCUUGGACGACCCUGUCGCUCGACCUCGCGUCGAUGAUGACCGGCCCAAGAUGGAUCAUGACCCGCACCAACUCGACCGUCCCCGUCCACCUCACGACCUCGUACGGCCUGUUCCAGCAGUGCACCUCGUCGUCGUACGAGCCCGGCGUCGUCCACUGCCGCUCGUUCCCGCAGCGAGGCGUCGACUGCGGCGGCUCGCCGGCGCGCAACGAGGACGGCAAAGACGAUGGCGUGUGGGCCGGCGUCUUGUGGCUCACCGGGCAGGCGGGCGAGGCGCAUGGCUCGACGGCCGGUACGGCGAGCGGUGGAGGGAAGGACGCCGACGAGGAGCUGUUCGGCUUCUGCGACGCGUGGAGGAUGGCUGGAUACGCCCAGCAGCUCUCGCUCGUCUUCGCCUUUGCCAACCUCAUCGCCCUCACCUUGACGCUCCUCGGCACCGCCAACGCCGGGCGCGGCUUCCGCACCGAGAAGCUCCGCAGCGGGUGGAAGGUCGUCGCCGGCCUCAUGGUCCUCCAGGCCUUCUUCAUGUGCGUCAGCAGCAGCCUCGUCGCGUACGAGUUCCACCACGACUCGAGGUUCGCCUACGACUCGAAGCUCGACCGCGCCUGGGUCGAGACGGUCGUCGCGUACGCGCUCAACCUGUUCAUCGUCAUCGUCCUCCUCCUCGCUCGCGCCACGAGGGCGUUCCGCAUCGCGCCCGGCGUCGAGGACGGCUACGAGCCGAUCGAGGACCGCCGCGACGUGGCCGCUUGAUGCGCCUUGUUGCGGCCGCCCCCUCCCCUUCUUCACACCCGUCGCACAUAGCCGCCGUUCCGUCCCUCCCACACCCUGUUUUCCCCUUCUCGUCGUCUCGUCGUACUUCCCCUCCUCGCCUCGCCCUCGACCUCUUCUUUCCGCCCUUGGUCGUGGUUCCCCUCUUUUGUUGUUGGCUCUUGCACCGAGAAUGUGGGAUCUC